CCUGCGUACUGUGUCUGCAUUUGUGUGUUUUAUCUUAUAUUCUAUUCGUCUAUCGGGCAAGUGUUUCUCAUUGAAGGAAAGGUUAUAAAUGUGGUUGGUGGUAGGGGUUUGAGAACAUAAAAAAGACGCACUACUUUCUCUGUGUUGUCCUCAUCCUGAUCUUCUUCAUAUCAAUUGUGAUAUGUUGGUCAUGACUAUGAUCAUGGGUGGAAGGUCCUUUAAGCUUCCUUAUGCAUUUUUAACGCUUUUCGUUUUAGUGCACUUGAUAAGAUUAGCCCUUGGCGGAGUCAUUCCAGGGGUUGGAGAUGCUAACAACAUCAGCUGCCCAGAAGGUGAGAGACAAGCGCUGCUUGAGUUCAAAAGAGGAAUCAGUGAUCCCUAUGGCGAUCUCUCUUCAUGGGGAAGCGAAGAUGAAAAAAAGAAUUGUUGCAACUGGCAAGGAAUUCGCUGCAGCAACCAAACAGGUCAUGUAGUUCAGCUUCAGCUUGGUUUUGAUUAUUUGGGAGGUAUGAUUAGUCCUUCACUACUGGAGUUGCCUUAUUUGACUUAUUUGGAUCUCAGUAACAAUAAUUUUAAUCAUAGCCAUAUCCCAGAGUUCAUUGGUUCUCUAAGUAACUUAGAAUACCUUGAUCUCUCUUCGUCCAAUCUUAGUGGGCCAAUUCCCCGUCAGUUUGGAAACCUUUCACGCUUGCAAUACCUUGAUCUCUCUUCGUCCAAUCUUAUUGGGCCAAUUCCACAUCAGCUUGGAAACCUUUCACGCUUGCAAUACCUUGAUCUCUCUUCGUCCAAUCUUAUUGGGCCAAUUCCACAUCAGCUUGGAAACCUUUCACGCUUGCAACGUCUUCAUCUUGGCGGGAAUGAAUUGACAAAAUUUGAAAAUCUCGAAUGGUUGUCUCAUAUGUCUUCAAUAGAAGAUCUUGACCUAAGUUCUACAGAUUUCAGUGUUGCCAAUGACUGGCUUGAAGUUGUGAGUAGUCUCCCUAAUUUAAAAACCUUGGAUAUAUCGGCCUGUAAUCUUCAUCUAACGAGUCUUUCAUCUUUUUCCCAAUUUAAUCACUCAAAAUCUUUUACUUCUCUUGAAAGUCUGCAACUCGAUUAUAAUGAAAUUAAUGACAUUCCAAAAUUCUUUGGGGAUAUAUGUACUUUACAUGAAUUGGGUUUGUCAAACAACAAUCUCAAUGGACAACUCAUUGAGCAUAUCAAUGACUUGUUUGGAUGUGCAAAAGACUCACUAGAGGUUUUGGGGUUAGCAAGGAACCAAUUAUGGGGAUCAUUGCCUGAUUUUGCAAUGUUUCCAUCAUUAAAAGAGAUUGAUCUUUCGUCCAACAAAUUAAAUGGGACUAUGUCCAAAACCAUUGGAAACCUUCAUAAUCUGGAGCAUUUGGAUGUUUCGUUGAAUUAUUUGCAAGACGUCAUCUCUGAAGCACAUUUCUCAAACCUUUCCAAAUUAUUGUCAUUGGACUUAUCUGGUAAUUCUCUUACCCUUGAAUUUGACUUCAAUUGGGUUCCCCCUUUCCAAUUGCAACAAUUAUAUUUGCGAUCUUGUAAGUUAGGGCCUAGAUUUCCAAAUUGGAUCCGAACCCAAAGGAAUGUUACCAUCCUUGACAUCUCCAAUGCUCAAAUUUCUGAUACCGUUCCAGCAGAGUGGUUUGCGAACUUGCCUCCUCAAUUAUAUAGGUUAAAUAUUUCUAGCAACCAAAUACAUGGACAGCUACCUAAUUUGUCGAAAAUGAGUUCGAGUGGACUGAAAUUUGAUUUGAGUGCUAACCGUUUAGAGGGUCCACUACCACUUUUUUCAACUACUGUCAGCUCCUUGAAUCUCUCCAAAAAUCGCUUUUCGGGGCCACUUUCACCUCUUUGUAAAAUCAAUGAUUGGGGAUUGAGUUUUCUAGACCUAUCUGAUAAUCUAUUAUCUGGGCAACUUCCUAAUUGUUUUAUGGAUUGGUCGGAUCUGGUUAUCUUGAAUUUGGCAAACAACAAUUUCUCUGGUGAAGUUCCAAGCUCUUUCAGCUUCUUGUCGAAUCUCCAGUCAUUGAGUCUACAUAAUAACACUUUCUCUGGAGAUUUUCCUAAUUCCUUGAAAAAUUGUAGCAACUUGAGAUUUAUGGACUUGGGAAACAAUAGAUUCUCUGAAAAAAUACCAGCAUGGAUUGCAGAAGACCUGCCACAAUUGAUUGUUCUUAUCCUACGUUCCAAUAAGUUUAGUGGAAGCAUACCAUGGGAUACAUGUAAGUUGAAAUAUUUACGAAUCUUGGAUCUCUCUUUAAAUGACAUCUCUGGAACUAUACCACAGUGCCUCAAUAAUUUCACUGCCAUGGCUCACAAAGCUGACUCUUCGACUAAUCUUUUUGAGGGUUUUUUUAUUAGCGGAUUAUAUAUUGGAGAUUAUGUUGACAGUGCUAUGGUUGCAUGGAAAGGAAGGGAGUACGAGUUUGGCAAAAAUCUUGGACUGCUAAAGAUCAUUAACCUUUCAAGUAACAACCUGACAGGAAAACUUCCUACUGAAAUCACUAGCAUAUUGGAGUUAGUUGUACUAAACGUAUCCAAAAACAACUUAUUUGGAGAAAUUCCGCAAACAAUUGGUCAGUUGAAGCACUUAGAAUCAUUUGAUAUGUCAUGGAAUCAGUUUUCAGGUGAAAUCCCAUCAAGUAUGUCAGAAUUACAGUUUUUGAGCUACCUAGACCUAUCUUUCAACAAUUUAUCUGGAAAAAUUCCUUCAGGCACUCAACUCCAAGGCUUUAAUGCAACUUGUUUUACUGGAAAUGAGGCUCUCUGUGGGCCUCCACUGACAGCAAAGUGUCCAGGUGAAGAAACAUCAAAUCAAAGUUUACCAACUGACAAUGGCAGUACUGAAGAUGAGGAGGACAAUAGAGAUGAAUUCAAGAAACGGUUUUAUGUUGGAGCAGGAAUUGGAUUUGCUAUAGGUUUUUGGGGCAUAUGCAGUUCUUUGAUUCUAAAGCGGUCAUGGAGACAUGCUUAUUUCUUAUUAUUGGACAACAUGAAGGAUUGGCUAUACGUAACAAUGGCGGUGAACAAAGCAAGAUUUUGGAGGAUAUUUCAGAGGCAGGGGUAACCACUUUUAAUGUGAGGUUAACAAAGAAGUAGCAGAGAUUGCCACUGAAGGCGAUACAUUUAACCUGGAUGGUAAAUUUCACUUAGCAAUUGCAUGAAGUUGAAGAGGUUCUAAUUCUAUCUAGUGCCUUUACUCUAAUGGUUUUCUUUUACCUUGGUGUUAAUGUCUGUCUACUGCAGCUGCACAUGUAUACAUGAGUGUCAGGACUCGUUUGUAAUAUUUGUGUGGGGGUGGUCUGGAUGAUUUAUUUUAUUGCCUUUUCUCUCAUCACCAUCAUUGUCAGCUUCAAUAAUGUAAAUUUACAAACAGAUCAUAUGUAAUUUUAAUUUAGUUGAAGUGUACUUGUACCUUCGAUUGUGAUGUUAUUGGUGGUUAUUAGCCAUGUGGCCCCUCUUUCGGGGGCAUUUAGACAUUGUUGAAUGGAUAUGCGUGUUAGUUGAAGAA